AUGCCAACGUCUCGCAGUGCAGUACAGGGCCUCUACAAAGCGGAGGUGCUGCAUCUACUUCAGGAGCUUGGCCUGCCGUGCAGUCCGGCCUGGGGCGUGGACGAGCUGAAGCAGGUCCUCAAGGAGCACAUGUUUCCGAAGGACGAGACGCCAGUGCAGAUGGCCAUGAAGGGUCUCAGCUCGAUGAAGAAGUCCCAGCUCUUGGCGAAGGCAGAGGAGGCAGGCGCCCACGUGACACAGGGCAUGACGAAUCCGUCGCUCAAGCUCUCGAUCCGCAAGGCCAUCCUCAUGAAGCACACCCCGGAGCCGACCGACUACCUGGGCUUCGGGAAGCACGGAGCCAUGACCUGCCAGCAGGUCCGGAGCCAGUACCCGUCCUACGCAUCCUGGUGCCAGAAGGAGGCGAACCAGGAGAGCAGCUGGGAGCUGGCCCGGUUUGCCUUGUGGCUCAACGAGCAGGAGAUCAUCGACGAGAAGGCGGGGGUGACCAGGGAUCCGAAGGUCAUCCCGCAGAAGAACGGUAGACCGAUCAUGGAGGACGAGAUCGAGGAGCAGGAGAAGCUCGAGGCUGCGAUCAAGAUGCAGAAGGAGGAGAAGGAGUCCAACCGCUUGGUCCAGGAGCAGAUGCUGGCGGCGCUGAACCAGCUCAACCAGAGGAUCGGCCAGCUGGAGGGCCAGGGGCUGGACCCCAGGAAGCAGCGCUGGCUUGCCAAGUGCAUCCAGGAGAACGGCCACUUAGAGGACUAUGAGGCGCUGAUGGCCCACGGCGGUACCAAGUUGAUGGAGGUCGCGUGCAGCCCGACGUCCAUCCUGAGCACGAAGAUGGCGGAGAAGUUCGGCGAGGCCGAACCAGACCACCUGUGGAUCAGUACGAGGUGUGGCCCCCUGUCGAACCUCACCCUCGGUUUCAACGGCUCCAACCCCAUCGGGGCCGAGGCCACCAGGAAGCGCAGGUUGCAGGCCAUUAAGGAGUACAAGGGCGCGGUGCAGCUGGUGUACGACCAGGUGGCUCAAGGCAAGCAUGCACACUGGGAGUGGCCCAUCAAGUGCGAGGGCUGGGGCCACAGGAUGAUCAGGAAGAUGGUGGAGGACUGCUCCAUGACGGCGGUGAAGGCGGCAGGCUGCCAGCUCGGCGUGAAGGACGGGAAGGAGGCCGCGCCCGACUACCACGAGUUCAUGAGGUGCUUGGUAGAGCCCGGGGAGGCAGUCGACCAGGCGACGGUGGCCAACCAAGCGGAGCCAAAGCUGAACUCAGACGUGAGCUCGAAGGAGUACCAGCAGAUCAUGAGGUGGCUCACCUCGAUCCACCGUGGUUCAGGUCAUAGCUCGAAGGCCUCCAUGCUGAACGCACUUCGGAGGAAGGGCGCCAGCCCACAGGUGCUACAGACGAAUAUCACAAAGAUCUCCCUGAUCAUAGACGAGAACUGCCGGGUGCGCGUCAGCAAGCUACUGUGCCACAGGGUUGGCGAGGACCGGCACAGGAAUCCUGCAUGGGCCGACCUCAAGCAGUUCUACGAGGAGCGCUGGAUGCCGUACUUCGGCAACGCACAGAUGAUGAAAGUGGACCCAGAGGGAUCCUGGAUGUCCAAGCAGGCGGCUGAGUACUUUGAUUCCGACUCCAUCGCGUACGAGCCCAUUCCUGGCCAGGCCCAUUGGCACAUCUCCCUUGCCGAGGAGGCCAUCCAGGCCACCAAGGGGACCAUGGGCAAGUUGGUGACGGAGAACCCCGAGAUGACGACGGAGGAAGCCCUGGCCAGAGCGACCGCAGCUGGGAACUCACGGGAAGAUGUUCGGGGACACUCACCCCUUCAACAUGCCCUCGGCAGGGCACCAGAUCUGGACGGACACUUCUUUGAGAGCGACUUCGACGAGCUGCCCUACGUGGAAGCCCAGAGGGUCGACAAGGAGUUCGGGGAGAACUACACAAGAAUGUAUGCGGCCGAGCAGGAGUACCUGAGACAAGUCUACAUGCGACGCAUCAGCAGGGCAGAGAACGCGAAGAAUCAGGCGGUGAAGUCCGUGGCGCCAGGCAUGUGGGUGCGCUACUUCCGGAAGGAGAAAGGUGAAGCUAAGGGCCGAUUCAAGGGGUUCGCGAGGGCCCUGGCCACAGAGACGGCGCGGCCGGUGGACAGGGACCUUGGCGAAGGACGGGCCCUACACCCUGGGCGCGCAGGAUCCGUGGUGUGGCUGGUACGAGCCGGGCGGAUCAUUAAGGUGGAUCUCUGCCAGAUCCGGGCGGCCCCCUCACGGGAGAUCGCCUACGCAGAGCUGAUGGGAGGCAAAGAAACGCCCUGGACAGUCCACACCUUCAUGAACCAGACGAUGAAGCACGAGCACCUUGACUUCACUGGCCACGACCCCACCGAGGACGACGUGGAGAUCUCGACCUGGGAGGGACUACCGGAACCAGCCCCUCCAUUGAAGAAGGCCCGCACAGGACAAGCCACAGAGGAAAGCCAGGCCUCAAGGCGCCGUUCCACGCCACCAGUGCGGAAGAAAAUAUUCAAGAAAGGACGCCACCCAGGAGGAACGGCCGACCAAGUCCGAGCGUCUCGAGCAGCCCUGGCGGAGGAACAGGUGAAGGAGAACAUGGCCCUCAUGGCGAAGUCCACUCCGGACGCCAGAGCCUUUUGGGCUCGUCAAGGCACGUCACUGGAGGUCUCGGUUGAGGUUCCCCUGGAGGGCAAGCCGCUCAAGCAGGCCACGAGGCACAUGAGUACCUACAUGGCGAGCCAGCAGCGAAAGGGCAAGCGCGAGAUCUCGGAGAGGACAUUGACCCCCGACGAGAUGGCGAAGUUCGGCCAAGCAAAGGCCACGGAGGUGAACAACUACAUUGUGUCUUCGGUGCUGGAGACGCUCCCACCAGGAGUGACCCCUCCUCCCGAGGACGUCAUGCGCAUGAGGUGGAUCCUCGAGUGGAAGAUGGACGAGAACACGGGCGAGAAGAAGCCGAAGGCGAGGUUUGUGGUCCUGGGUUACAUGGACCCCGAGUACGAGCACCGUCCGACCACCGCUCCAACCAUGACGAGAACUUCGAGGCACCUGGUGCUGCAGACGAUGGCGUGGUUGGGCUUCAAGGGCUACAAAGCGGAUGUGGCGGGGGCUUUCACGCAGAACAGAGAGAUCCAGCACGACCUGUUCGUGAUGCCUGUGAAGGAGCUCGCGGCGGCGCUGGGGUUGCCCGAGGGCGUCGCGAUGCGGCUCAGGAAGGCGGUCUACGGGCACGUGGAGGCAGCGAUCGAGUGGUUCAUGACCGUGAGCGAGGCACUGGAGGAGUUCGGUUGGACCCAGAUGAAGAUGGACCCCUGCGCGCGGGUGCUCUAUGGUGACGCCCACGGCAAGGAUAACGGCUUCACCAAGGAGGCGCUGAAGGACUUCACGAGCCCAGAGGUGCUUGAGGACCUGAUCGCGGCGAAGGGGGACAUGGACAUCAUAGCCAUUGCAGGGUCGCACGUGGACGACUUCCUGCUCGGUGGCAACGACACGGACCCCAGGUGGAUCACCGCCCGGGAACAGAUCGAGAAGCGCUUCAAGUGGAAGGCCUGGGAGUCAGAGGAGUUCAUGCAGACGGGGGUGCGGAUCAAGCAGCAGCCCGAGAGGAGCUUCCGCAUGGACCAGAGCGAGCAUGUGAAGACCAUCGAGAAGGCGCACCUCACCCCGGAGCGCAAGAAGGCCAAGGACAUGCCGACCACCGACAAGGAGAAGGGCCAGCUGAGGGCUAUCUUAGGAGCCAUCGGGUGGAGGUCCGAGCAGUCAGGUCCUAUGCACUCAGCCGACACGAGCCUUCUGCUCAGCACCAUACCCUCGUCCACCGUGCAGACCAUCAACGAGACCAACCGCUUGGUCGAUCGUGUUCGUGAGUGUGCUGAUCUACCUGUUGUGAUACACAGCCACUCUCAGGCACAGGUGCUGGUGCCAGUGCAGUGGUCCGACCCCUCCGAGGCCAACCGUCCCGACGGAAAGUCCACGAAGGGCCUGGUGGCAGGCCUGGUACCUGUGAAGAUCCUCAAGGGCGACGAGGAGGACGUGAGCCUCAUAUCCUGGAAGUCUGGGAAGAUCGAUCGUGGUUGCCGCAGUUCCGUGGCAUGUGAGACACGCUCCGCCGUGGAUGCUGAGGAUGAGCUGUUUGGCAUAAAGUUGCAGUGGCUGGAGAUCCUGGGCAACAACAUCGACUGGAGGAACCCCGAGGGGAUUCUACGCAGGCUGCCAGGAGCAGUGGUUGUGGAUUCAAAGGGCCUGUACGACAAGCUGCAGACGACAGUCCACACCUUCCGGGACAAGGAGAAGCGGACCGACGCGGAGGCCAUGACCCUGAAGGAGGGGACGCAGGCUGCGAACAACUGGAUGCUCUGGGUACACGGGGAUGCCCAGCUCGCCAACUCGCUGACGAAGGGACACGAGCCAGGUCAGCUGCGGAUGUAUUGUAACAACGGGCACCGCUGGAAGCUGGUCUACGACGAGAAGUACCAGAGUGCACGGAGGAGGAAGGCAGCUGGGAUCCAGCCGUUCGAGCAUGUAGGAGCGGGCAUUCUCAAGACGCCAGGCGGGACAAUGGCUCACAUCAGUGCAGCUGCGUGCCCGGACUUCCCGCCAUAUAAGGCCAUGACCGAGUGCAGUUCAGACGGGGAGGCGGACUCAAAGAUGCUCAGCUUGGAGGACCCUUAUCCGUGCAAUUCCGAGGUUGAGCAAG